GGCUUGUUUGUGCCUAGUACAAUCCAGUAUCACUUCUCUUGUUGUGCUGGUACUGUAUGAGUGUACAAAAUCAGCUUGGUGAUUGGCUUCAUCAUGGCCCAAGUACGCAUGAAGGUCAUCUUUGGUCACUUAAACCAGAGAGAUCAACACGCUAUUGUUUCUCGACCAACAUCAAGCUUGGCUGGAGGUGAUGUAGCAACAGAUGGAGUAAAGUUUCAGUACACCCUAGACAACACUCGUCUGACACCAGCUCAGAGAGCAUUCUAUGAAGAAAAUGGCUUCCUAGUUAUUCCUAACUUAGUACCACAUGACAAAAUAGACCAAUGGAAAGAGAGAUUUUUAGAUUUGGUGGAAGGUCGUGUGGAAUCGCAUGGCAUGACAAAAAUGAAGGACAUAUCCCUGAGGAACGUAAAGGGUGUAUCAGGGGAGAUGAUUGUCAACAAGAUCCAGGACUUUGUAUGGGAUGAAAUACUGUCAGAACAUUGCAUGCUACCCCAGGUGCUGGAUUAUGUAGAAUGCUUCACGGGCCCCAAUAUCAUGGCCAUGCACACCAUGCUCAUCAAUAAACCACCUGAUCCAGGCACCCGUACUUCUCGUCAUCCACUGCACCAGGACCUUCAUUACUUUCCCUUUAGGCCUGCUAAUCGAAUCGUUUGUGCCUGGACAGCUAUGGAGACAAUUAAUAAUGAUAAUGGUUGCCUCUUUGUCCUUCCUGGCUCUCACAAAGGAGUUUUGGAGCAGCAUGAUUAUCCUGAUUGGGAGAAAGGUGUGAACAAGAUGUAUCACGGUGUUCGAGGCUAUGAUGACGUGCCAAAGACAAUGCUAUGUAUGGAGAAAGGAGACACUGUUUUCUUCCACCCAAUACUUCUGCAUGGCUCUGGAGAUAAUCGCACAAAGCACUUUCGUAAGGCAAUUUCUUGUCAUUAUGCAGCCUCGGAAUGUCAUUACAUUGAUGUACGAGGAACAUCUCAAGAAAACAUUGGCAACGAAGUAGUAGAGCUAGCCAAGAAGAGAGGUGUUGACAAUCUCAAUUUCAAGGACCUCUGGAAGUUUCGCAGUCGUUUAGUGCAUGGAACAAGUAUCAACUUAUAAGUACAGUAUUGGAGAGAUAUGAAAUAAAGUUUCAAAUGUAGACAUAUUUUUGUUUCCUUUGUGUAAACAUACAUAUCUAGAUAUAUAUGUAUUCUAUACAUGUGGAAUCAUGUUAUAUAACACUAUCCAUUUAUAUUCUAAUCUAAAUUUCUAUAUUUUAGAUUUAUACAUAUUUUAUAUAUAUAUUUGUACAUUAUAAGAUUGUUUGAAAUCUAAUAAUGAUAUUGUAAAGACAUACAAAUCUAGAUUUCUAUAAAUAUCUAAUAUUUGUUUAUGAAAUUUCAUAAUCUACACAUUAUUAAAGAUAUCUAGAAUAGAAUAUUAAUCUAGAAUAUAUUAAAAUGUAAAUUAAAAGAUUUCUAUAAUCUACAUUUGUAUAAAAUUCUUUAUAUUACUCUAAAUUGUUAUCCUACAUGUCUAAAUAUAUAUCUAUUAGUGUAGAAAUCUAGAAUAUCCUAAAGACAUUUUGAAUAUUAUAGAAUUCUACAUUAUUUUUUAUAUCUAAUAUAUUGUAUAAUUUCCUAAAGAUUUUGUGUCUAUAAUCUAGAUUAUUGUGCAAUGUUGUUUAUUAUAUACAGCUACAAUAUUAAGAAAUAACAUUCAAUCUUAUAUAUUUCAAUAAUAGUCCAAAGUUAUAUAUUAUGAUUAUUAUUGUAGAUAUUAAUACUGUAUUGAUUUCUACAUAAACAUUAUUAUAGAAAUCUACUAUAAUAGUUGUCAUGAAUAUCUUUUUAUUAAAUAUGUAUAAUAAUAAAUCACACAAAUCUAUCAUAUUCGAUUUCUAUAGUUAUUAUUAUACCAAGAAAUUGAGAUUAAUAAAAAACACAAAGAAAUGAACUUUUUAUUAUAUAGAUUUGUAUAUCUUGAAUAAUGUGUACAUCUCUAUUAUGGAAAUCUACAAUAUUACACAUUUCUAUAUUAUACAAUUCUUUAAUAUUUCUAAAGUUGUACAAUAUACCUGAUAUAGAUAGAAAUGUUGACUGUGUAAUAAUAUCAUUCUAGAUGUCUACAAUAUAGAUUGUUAUAAAUACUUUUCUAUAUUAUAAUCUACAAAAAUAUUAUUCUAGCUUUAUGUAUACAUAAGACAAAUAUAGAUUCUUACAAUAUUCAGCAUUUCUAUAAUCUUGAAUAUCUGUACUGUAUUAUUUCCAGAUAUUCAUGUCUCAAUUAUAUAGGGAUUGUACACUGACGUACAACUUUCAAGGAUGAUUAAAUAAUAUCACACUGUUGACAAUUAUUAUGUUUGUAGCAUGUAUAAUAUUACAAUAUAUUAAGCAUUA